UUUUCUUGAUUUUGAUUGCAUUAUGCAGAGCAAUUUUCUACAUCAUUUGAAGCUUGUCUACGAGUUUGUGUGUGUGCGUUCAAAUUAAAAAUACCGUUAAGAAGAAGUAUUUGAAUCAAAAAUUUCACUUACUUCAAUUGCAAUUAACAUACAUUAAUGUGUUCCUUGUUUUCAUCUAAAAUAUUUUGUUUUUUUUUUUUGAAACUUUAAAGUUAUUCGGCUGCCGCACUCCCUAUGAAAGAAAUGUACAUCAUCUGUAAAGUUCUUUUCAAAAAAUUUUCGCCGAAACUAUUAUUUUAAAUGUACUGCAAUGGACCUGAAAUCCGGUACAUUGCUAAUGCCGCCCACUGUUACGAAUUCCAGCUGUUCUCAUCCACGUUACGCCACACAUAACUUCAUACAACAAGUUGGUAUUGUCGAAACAAUUGAAGCUGCACUUAUACUAAGCCUAACAUUGGGUGUUAUUGGCGCCAAUAGUUUAGUUAUAUGCGUUAUUAACAAUACACGUUAUUCUGUCUACAUCCACCAGCAGCCUCGUUACUUACUUACAUCGUUGGCCUUAAACGACCUUGCUAUUGGUUUGCUUAUUACACCAUUCAGUUUAUUGCCAGCUUUACUUCAUUGUUGGCCAUACGGCGAGAUAUUUUGCCAAAUACAGGCUCUACUGCGUGGUGCGCUCUCUCAGCAAAGUGCUGUAAUAUUGGUUUGUAUGGCGGUGGAUAGGUAUAUGUGCGCAUUACAUCCACGACGCUAUUAUCAACAUUCAAGUAAAAAGGGUUGUGUCGCUGUACUGAGCCUUACAUGGAUUAUCAGUCUAACAAUAUUCGGAUUUUUGGUCUUGCCGAAAGGCUAUUAUUUUAACAACACGGGACUAAUGGCUUGCGAACCGUUUUUUAGUAAGCCUUCAUAUCGGAUAUUGGCUACGUGUGCAUUCUACUUCCCCACCACAAUGGUACUGAUGUAUUGUUAUGGUUCCAGUUUCCAUAUGAGUCGUUUUCGACUUAAUGAUCCAACCAUGCCUCUUACUGCCGCAACUCAACAUUCGGCCCAAAAACACCAAUACCCUAUUAUGAAUUUAAAUGUGACAAUGGGUUUGGGCAUGGGUCUUGGAGGGCCAACAAAUGCAAUCACAAAGAAGAUCGUGCCUAUACACGUAAAAAAUUCUAGUGGGUCAACGUCACGUUCUAUGGCCGCCAUUUCACUGGGUUUCAUCGUGAUGGUUACACCAUGGACUAUACAAGAAAUUGUAACAGCAUGCACUGGAUCGAAGUUGCCGCCAUUUCUAGACUUUCUUGUCACGUGGACCGCAUUAAGUAACAGCUUUUGGAAUCCAUUUAUGUAUUGGUUGUUAAAUUCGGACUUUAGACAUCUUAGCAAGCAAAUGUUGCCUUCAAAAUGCAAAAGCCAAGAGGACAAGAUAGACCACAAGUCGCCGUGUUGUCACAUAAAUUCAGAUUUUGAAAUCACCACGUUGCCUAUGCCGCCCGAGCCACCAACAUCCCGCCUUCCUCAGCGCAAUGGAAAUAGUAUUAGAACUGAUGCAGGCAAUCAAACUGGUGAAGGUGGUAGCAGUUCUGUGUUCGGUAUAUGUACACGGUCUCGCGCCAAUAGCCUUAGUCAUAGCGCCUCAUUUCAUGUACGUGGCAGCGGUAUUGAUCAUCAACAUAGCCAUGGCUUAGGUGUUGCAACUCGACCGGAUAUUGAACGACUUUCCGAAAAAUAUUGGGGCGAAAUUUUAGAACGUACCGUGAGUAGUAACAGUUUACACGGCUUUAUGCAGAAAAGCUAUGCAGCGCCAUCUUAUCAUCAAGAAGCGUAUACCCAUCCCUUUGGGAUGACAUCGUUUAGCGAAUACGGUAAACUCAAUUUGCGUGCUCCUGAACAUGGUAACAGUUCAGUUGUUAAUACGACUAAUAUGUCCGAUAGCGAUCUCCACAAAUUUUCUACAUCUGAACCAAAUUUAAGCGAUUGUGACGUUCAUGACGCUUAUUGUGCGAAAAGUAAAACAAUCAGCGAAGCAGCCGCUGUGAUGGCCAAAAAUCUCGACAGUGGGCUGCCAGGUCAACACAAUAUACCGGAUAUUUAGUACGCAGAGGAAUUACUACGAUCUAGACGCAGAUUGAAUGCAAUAUCCAAAGCAGAUGCACCUUGGUGUAAACCCUGUGCUCUGGCACUUGACGGUUGUGGCUUUGCGACUAACCUAUUGACAUUUACUUCAGCUGCUUGUCAACGUUCUGACCAUACAAUGCCUCAACCUUGCACAAAUAAAUUAUAAAAAUUCCUCUCAAUUGUUGUCGUAACCUCGGUUGCUCUACUAUACACCCUUACGCAAUACCAGUGCAAUUUAUAAUUUUCUACAUACGGCCGAACGUUGAUAUUUGUAAUAAACAGGACCUAAUAUGCAGAAAUUAUAAUGGGCUUUGACCAAAUUUUAUAAAAAUCAUAUUUUGCAGUGAAGUGAAUGUAAGCCAAAUAUCAGCUCCGAUCGUUCUCUGUAUUCUGAGAUGGAAAUUUCUACUUAAACCUGAAACAUUUAAAAUUUUCGCAAUGUUGGGACGCAUGAGCUGCCGUAUGAGCUUCUCAGGCGAUCAGAUAUAAUACACAAUCCCGGUAUUAGUUUAUAUAGAGAUUUGUCUUCGUUUUAAGUCGAACUGUUACCGAUUAAAUCGUGUGCCAUCGAUAAAAUUAUUUGUUAUCGAUAAAAUUUAUUAAAAGUUGUGACUUCUUCAAAUGUGACUUCUGGAUGCUGUUUAGUUUUACGAAAUUAUUAGGUUGGAGGGAAAUGUUCUGUGAUGCUUUGAAUAAAAUACAUGUAUUUGACGAUGGUCGAUGUGUUCCUCAGCAGUCGAAUAGUCGAAUGCCGAGCUCCUUUGAGUCACUUUGCAAAAUGGGCCGCAAUGGUGAUUAUAUUACAAGCAUUCGAUAGGCCACUUCCUUUCUGCAACACAUACCAGUGGGUAUUGAAAGCGGUUCUUUUAUAGCCCACGAGAGGAACACUAAGUAUUAAGACGCGUUCUGCCUACUUGGCUUGGCCCAACAAGUAAACUAUGAAAAAUUUCCCCGCGAACCCAUUAUUGCUAAUGAUGCUCAUUUUAUAAUUUCGUCAGUCUCUCUCUGUCUCUCUCUCCUAUUAUGCAUGAGCCGCAUUCACAGGCUUGUCAAAAGCACAGUGCUCAGAGAAUCCAAAAUAUUUUGUCGCCAUUCAAAUUCUGAAAGCCUCCCAAAUAACUUUAUUUGGGAACGACGUAAACACUCAAUUAUUUUUGAAAAGCAAUUUAUUUGUCCAAAAAAUGGAUCAUUUUUACGGACUGCAUAUGUCCAUAAAUUAAUUUAUAAGAAAAAAAUUUCUUGUGGAUGGUUUGUAAAACGUUUUUUUCAUUUUUAUGUGCAUAAAAACAUAUUUCUUACACCCUUUCGUCUACGAAGUGAGUAUAUCAGUUGUGCAUAUGAAAUGUCAGGCAAACGUAUUUCAUUCCAUCAAUAAAUAUUUAUGUCAUAUUAUUCAAAAGGUGACAAACAAAGACCAUGCUGGGAACCACAUGACAGGAAGUAAGCGAGCUUUACCGCGGAAAUGUAUUACUAAGUGUAAGACGAAGAGAAAGGUUCUCUAAUGUUCCGAAAAAUCGACGUUGUGGUUAAGUCGCCACAUGUCGUGCACAUUUCUUAAUUCCUCUAAACUCACGCAUUCAAUCGAUUGUGACCUCAUGCUACCUGAAAGUAAAUAAAUAUUUUUAUCAUUAUUUAGAUCAAAGACUGAAAUAGUAUGACCACCACUAGCAAUUAAGCCCAUCGGCUCUAUUCGAAAAAAAAAAAAGAUGCUCUAGAUGGUUAGUCUAUUGAUUUUAAUAAAGUUAAAUAUUGUAUUGAGAAUCGCUUCGCUUCGUGCAUAUAACUUUCGUUCCAAAGUGCAGGAAAUUCAUUACGGUAUUGGGCAUAUAAUAAUAAUACAGGGCUCAGUAGAGUCUAAAAUUUACAUGUCAUCUAUAUGUUAUUACUUGAUGACUACAACAUUAAUGUGAUAAAAAAAUAAAAGUGAGUGAAAAAAAGUGAAAGAGUCCGUCUUUACGUGCAGAAAAAAUAAAAUAUUUGACAACUACGUGCGUCUCGUCAUUUCAUACUCGUUACCAACGAUAAUAAUUUAAAAAUGAUUCACAAAAUUUUCAAAAAAAUCGGACAGACAAUUCUAAUGCCGUGUGUAAAUGUUGGCGUCGCCAUUUUCUAUUCAAAAAGCUGUCCUUCUGUGACAAAAAAAUUGUACGAUAUUAAGCAUUUCUAUAAGCGCUUGUGGGGAUGUUUGUAAACAAAUACUCUUGCAAUGGCUAACGGCUAAAGAAAGCAUUUUAGUAAAAUAUGUGCAAUCGUUAUCAAACGACCUUAUUAGCCCACUAAUUGUGCGAGCAAUAAAAAAAACUUCAGUUUAUCCAUAUCCAAGCAUAGAUGUGUGGGAUAUGUUCGAUUGCGUUAAGUAAUUUAUUACCUACCUAUCACGCUGUUAAUUGUAAAAAUAAUCCAAAAUUUUGGAAAUAAUAUAAAAAGCAAUGUAAAAGUCCUCGGUAAAAGGAAAUAUAGGAAGAAUUCUUAUGUAAUAUAUCAUAUCACUCACUAAGUCCCCGGUCCGACACAUGUAUGUUAUUAUUCACACUAAAAAUAAAACAAGAGGGUUGAAAAAUACCUCCACAAAUACUCAUCAUAUAUGUAUAAUUAUUGGGCGGUGUGAGAUUCUAAUUUUAACACGUCCGUCCGAAUGCUAUGCUUUGCAAGUUACUGAGGAAAUUUAAGAACAUGUAUCGUAGUAACUGAAACCCAAUAGAGAAAUGAAGGCUUUUAUGGAUAAAUGAAAACAUUGUAUAUAAGUAACAUAAAAAAAAAAAAUAAAAAUAAAAAUAAAACAAAGAAACGA